CAUGAGCUUCCCUUCCUCUUGACCGCGACCCAGAACAAAACCAACUUCCAUCUAUCUCUAUCUCUCUCACCUCUUUCAUUUCUCCGAUUUUAUCGAAAUAAAAAAUCUAGCUUCCUCGAGAUCCUCGCUUCAGUGUAACGUACUCGCAUACCUAUACGUACAUAUCUAUAAAUACUUUUUCAAAUGGAUCGGAGGAGGACCGCAAGCCCUGUGUACUCACGGCAGUGGAGUGGUAGCUCUAGCACAGGAUCGUCUUCUCCGGCCAUGUCGCCGGCGCACCCUAGCUCACGGCUAGGAACAGGUAUGUCUACAAUCAAGCGCACUCAAAACGUUGCCGCGAAGGCUGCAGCGCAGCGUCUUGCUCAAGUGAUGGCGUCGCAGACCGCUGAUGAUGACGAGGAGGAUGACGAUCUAGGGUUCCGAUUUCCUCCGGCACCGCCAGCUCCAUCGAGUUUCAGUAGCAGUCUUAAUCAUAAUGGAAGCAAUAAUAUUACACCUGCUAUUUCGCUUGCCAGACCUAAUAGAUCUCCUUCACCUGCGUUAGGUCGGAACUUUGCAGAGCAUGUUCCUUCUGUACGCUCCACUUCAGCAGGAAGGCCAUCGAUGUCUGUGCGGACAGGGACAUUGGUAACACCUAGCAAAUCGUCAAUAAGAACUCCAAUUUCUAUACCUCCCAUUGAGCCUCCUAAUAGGACUAGAGAAAAAAGGUUUACUUCAGAUGUGGGACACCUCAAGACAAAAGAUGCAGUAGAUCAGCGCGAAGCUUCAGCUCUUCGUGAUGAGCUUGAUAUGUUACAGGAAGAGAAUGAAGUUAUAGUUGACAAGCUUCGUCGUGCAGAAGAAAGGCGUGAAGAGGCUGAGGCUAGAGCUAGGGAGCUUGAGAAACAGGUUGCUACGCUUGGAGAAGGUGUAUCUUUAGAAGCCAAACUGUUGAGCAGGAAGGAAGCAGCGCUGCGUCAAAGGGAGGCUGCUCUUAAGGCUGCAAAACAAACUAAAGAUGGGAGAGAUGAAGAAAUUGCAGCCCUUCGUUCAGAACUUGAGAGCCUAAAAGAGGGUGCUACAGCAGCUGUGGAACAGUUUCGAGAAGCAGAAUCGGAAGCAAAAGCUCUUCGAACAAUGACACAAAGAAUGAUAUUGACUCAGGAAGAGAUGGAGGAAGUGGUCUUGAAGAGAUGUUGGCUUGCUCGUUACUGGGGUUUAGCUGUACAGCAUGGCAUUUGUGCUGAUGUAGCAUCUUCAAAACACGAGCAUUGGUCCGCUUUAGCUCCUCUUCCAUUUGAAGUAGUCAUUUCUGCUGGGCAGAAGGCUAAGGAGGAAUCUUUAGAUACAGGUGGUGAUGAUCCAGAUAGGGGUAAACUUUCUCGUGAUUUGAGUGAUCUAACAGGAGAAGGAAAUAUUGAGAGUAUGCUUUCAGUUGAAAUGGGAUUAAGGGAACUGGCUUCUUUGAAGGUUGAAGAUGCAGUUGUGCUUGCAUUGGCCCAGCACAGACGACCAAAUUUGAGAUCAGUCGAUCCCAAGUUUACGGAGGCCUUUGGAUUAAGCGAAGGGGAGGCUGAAGAUGUUAUUUUCAAAGAGGCAUGGCUAACAUACUUCUGGAGAAGAGCCAAAGUGCAUGGUGUGGAAGAGGAUAUUGCAGAAGAGCGGCUUCAGUUUUGGAUCAGUCACAGUGGACAGUCCCCAACAUCACAUGAUGCUGUGGAUGUUGAACGAGGGUUAUUGGAGCUGAGGAAGUUGAGCAUAGAGCAACAGCUUUGGGAAGCAUCUCGGAAGGAAAUUGACCAGCCUUCUUAUGGUUCAGUUGCCAAUCACAAGUCUACGGCAAAUUCGGAGACCUCUUCACAUUGAUUGUCACGCUUGGAUUAAUUCAAUUUUCUCGCUUAAUCUGUUUAGCCAGCUUGCGUCAAUUUUAUGUUUUUAAUUUUUGUUUUUCUGUUUUGUUUCUCAUAUUCCUUCUACAUUCAAUUUGUUUUCUAGGAAUUUUCCGUGUCACGUGGCAAUGUCAUAAUUUGAUGAUAUAUAGUUGAUAUUUGGUGCUAAGAUCAAUGCUAUAAUUAUUGUAGCACUUGACUCAGCUGUGGAGCCUGUAAUUAAGCUGUUAAUAUGACAAAUUGGUUGGAGUGAAAUGCUUCGAAGUAUAUUAUAUGAUCUAUUCCAAA